UUGGUGCAUGCACAACUUGAGGUAGUUCAUGCACAGACUCUUGAGAGUGUGCACCUCUAUUCCCAGGCAUCACUGGUGCCAUAUACAGGUGAAGAGCCCUCCGUUCUUUCUACUUUUAUACGCUAUUUGGACAUUAUUAUUUGCAUAAACCAAUUCACUGAAGUGACAAAAGUGAAGAUGUUGCCUAACAAUGGCACAGCAGUUUUUGGAUGGUAGGUGCGCAAGAGUUGACCUGAGCAUCACUGUGGAGUCUAAAAGGAGUUUGUUUUAAAUUUGGGAGGAAUAACGACUUUGUAAUUAGGAAACCCACGACAACGGAGCGAAUUUUGCAAAGAAACGAAACAAAACAAAACAACAACAACCGAAAGCUGUUUUUAAUGGUGCACCAUGGAGAGCACCUCCAUCAACCCAGCACACGCUUGGUAAAAGCAUCAUUCUGAGAGAUGAAAAUGAGAGCGCCAACAUUUGGACUUGUGUGGAGCUGUCUGGGGUUUCUUCACAGCGUUCAGUGCGGUUUAGGAGACAACCAUGUGCACUCCAGCUUCAUAUACCGGCGGUUGCGUAACCACGAGCGGCGAGAGAUCCAGAGAGAAAUCCUCUCCAUCCUGGGCUUGCCGCACCGUCCCAGGCCCUUCUCUCCGGGCAAACAAGCGUCAUCGGCACCUCUUUUCAUGUUGGACCUGUACAACGCGAUGACGACCGGGGAGGAGGAAUCGCUCCUCGGAAAGGCGCUCGCGGGGAAACCGCGUAAAAGCGUGUCUGCAGUUCCACAAGGAUACUCGCGCGCGCCGCAGCAGCCGUACCGCGCGGCGUCCCUGACAAGCCAGAGCCCGCCUUUGGCCACCGCGCACGACACCAACUUUCUCAACGACGCGGAUAUGGUGAUGAGUUUUGUCAAUCUAGUUGAGAGGGACAAGGAUUUCUCGCAUCACAGACGACACUACAGGGAGUUUCGUUUCGAUUUGACACAGAUCCCGGAAGGAGAGUCUGUGACCGCUGCAGAAUUCAGGAUUUAUAAGGAUCACACUCAUGGAAGAUAUGAGAAUAUCACACUCAAGGUCACCAUAUACCAAGUCAUCAAAGAAUAUCCAAACAGGGAUGCUGAAACAUUCCUCUUGGACUGGAAAAAGAUUCGAGCUUCUGAUGGAGGCUGGCUGGUGUUUGACAUCACAGCCACCAGUAAUCACUGGGUUCUGAACCCUCAGCAGAACAUGGGCCUACAACUCUGUGUGGAGACAACUGAUGGUAGAAGCAUCAGCAUGAAAUCUGCUGGCAUCAUUGGAAGGAACGGACCUCAGUCCAAACAGCCAUUCCUUGUUGCUUUUUUCAAAGCCAGUGAGGUUCUGCUUCGAUCUGUAAGGGCCACAGGAGGGAAGAGGAAGAGUCACAACAGAAAUAAGCAGAAAUCUCAGCAAGAAUCUUCACCGGCUCUCAAAAGUGGAGAUCAAAACACCAGUGAGCAGAGGCAAGCCUGCAAGAAGCAUGAACUCUACGUUAGCUUCCGUGACUUAGGAUGGCAGGACUGGAUUAUUGCUCCUGAGGGCUAUGCAGCCUUUUAUUGUGAUGGAGAAUGUUCAUUUCCACUGAAUGCACAUAUGAAUGCAACAAACCAUGCUAUUGUGCAGACCUUGGUCCAUCUAAUGUUUCCUGAUAAUGUGCCAAAGCCUUGCUGUGCACCAACCAAACUGAACGCUAUAUCAGUGCUGUAUUUUGAUGACAGCUCAAAUGUCAUUCUGAAGAAGUACAGGAAUAUGGUGGUGAGAUCCUGCGGCUGUCAUUGAGGGCAUGGAGCUUCUGUGAGAUAUUGCUGGAAUUAAGAACAUAGUUUUUGACAUAUGAUGUACAGUAUUAUGUAUAUAUUAGAUCAUCAUUCCUCUUAUUUAUUUGGGUUUUCCUUGUAAUAACUUUUUUGCUAUGAAAGAUGCCAGUUAAAAGUUACCACUCUUACCACAGAUCCAUGGUCGAUUGCUCUUUUCCUGAGUUUAUAAAUUAGGCCAGAGACUUUAAAACUGAUGACGUUUUAGCUGAUCAAGGAUAGACUUUAGUCAGGAUAGAUGACAUAUUACAUUUUUCUCAAUUGAAAACAAGGCUAUGCGGGAUAAACGUACAGUUUAUUCAGUCUAAAUGUUCUAGAUCAUGUUGAAUUAUAAAGAAAAAUUGUUUUUGGUCAACUGGAUUGGAUGAUGUAUUUUUUUAAUGUUUCAUCAGCUGAACAAUCGACACAAAGGUAUUAAACAGUACAACCCAUUGAACAUUGUACCUUUAUCCCUCACAUUCCCGUUUUCAAUCACAAAUAUAUAUAUAUAUAUAUAUAUGCUGUCUAUCUUGACUAAUGUCUAUAAUUUUUAUAUAUUUAUAAGCAACCACUUCAAUAAAGAACUGCUGCUAUUUUAAAAAACAUCCCUAUUUUUACAAAACAAAGUCAUAAUCACAAUUUUUGGAUGUGAAAAAACUGCCAUCUUGGAUUUUAGGUUUUUGGACACAAAUAAUAUUAUUUUUCUUUUUUAAUAAAAUAAUAAAAGUGUUAUUGUAAAAGCACUGAUGUAUGUCUUAGGACUGUAUAUAUUUUUCUCAAAUAGUCCAAAGUGUUGCAACCCACAGUUACUGAUUGAUUUUAGUUUGCUUUGGGUAUCAGUGGGCAGAUAUACACAGUUAAGUAUGUUUUUUGGUUGAGCAAAUAUUCUUCCAAGAUCCUUCUUCUAUACACUUAUAUUAGUUAUCUGAGUAAUAUAUUUUUUGACAAA